UGGUCGGUGUGCAGCCGAUUAGUGUCAAGAGCAAAACAGAAAGAAGAAGAGUGUGACGCAGGGCAUGAAAGAUCAUAUCUACCAUGAAGUCUUCAUCAAGCCAGGAAAGCCAUCACCAGGAAGAAGGCACUCAAUAUCUCUCCAUUUGCCGCAAGAUAUUUUUGUUUCUCCUCUUGUCCAUUAUUUUCGCUACCUAUGUAUUUUACCAUAGGCAAGCAUUUCACCACAGGCAAAAGCCAUUCAUUGUUACUGUCAAUGCUACCAGUACAAUGAUUCUGGUGUGGCACUGGCCCUUUGGGUAUUCCACACAGCUCAACCCAAACAUCUGCAGCGAGACCUACAGCAUUCCGAACUGCAUCCUGGUGGCCAAUCGCUCUUGGUUCCACAAGGCAGACUUUGUCGUCUUCCACAACCGGGAGCUGAUCGAGCACAGCCAGAGGCUGCCGACAGAUCACCCACGGUCUCAGCACGAGCGUUGGGUCUGGUUCUCGCUGGAGAGCCCUGAGAACAAUGGGAACUUGAGACCCUUUGCAGGUUACUUCAAUUACACCAUGUCCUACAAACGGAACUCCGAUUUCUACAUACCAUAUGGAAGGCUCGUGCCAAAGGCGCCGGUGAAGGGUAUGACGGUUGGUGAUUUCAUACCAAAACAUAAGUCUUCACUGGCAUGUUGGGUUGUGAGCAACUUUUUACCCAGACAUAGGAGAACAUCUGUGUACAAUCAGCUUAAGAACGUCAUUCAAGUGGAUGUAUAUGGUCAUCCAUUUAAUAAGCAUCUGAGUCAAAGCAGUCUGCUCCCCACAAUCUCCCGUUGCUACUUCUACCUGUCUUUUGAGAACUCCGAGUUCAAGGACUACAUCACCGAGAAGUUCUGGAAGAACGCCCUGUUGGGUGGCGCCGUGCCGGUGGUUUUGGGGGCCACCCGGGCGGACUACGAGGCGGUGGCACCAAAAGGGUCCUUCAUCCAUGUGGACGACUUCAGUUCUGUGGAGGAACUGGGGACGUUCCUGAAGGACCUGGCCGAGGAUAAGGAACGCUAUGCAUCAUACUUUACCUGGCACCUGAAUUACAGCGUUCAGACUGGGUGGGGGUGGGAGCAGAUCAUGUGUUCAAUUUGCAACAUGACUGACCGUCUGCAACCUAAACAGGUCUAUAAGGACUUGCAGGCUUGGGAGUGGAGUAGAUGAAUAAAUCAAUACUGUUUCAGCAAAACGGAGAGAAAGUGUCAUUCACAAAGUGAUGCUUGUUUUUAGUAUAAUUUUAUAUCCAUAUAUUACAGUUAUGAUAUGGUUUUAGUGAAAGAUUUCCACUGCAUCAGAUGUUUUUGUAUUUUGUGUAUGACAUGGCAUUGCUGCAUUGGUGUGAUGUGAACCUAGGCUGGGUGAACCCUGCCUGAACUUCCGGGACAUUUGAAUUUCGCCCGGCACUCAGGCUGGAAACCAGCAGAUCUAUCUCCUCUGUUUAUUGCCAGAACCUUUGGCUCCAAUCGGAAACUAGCUCAUCCAAAAGAAGCACCAGAUCAUUGGUCUGAUUGGUUGAAGGACUAUCCAAGCGUAUGGAGUCAUUUGAACGAUGCUCAUUGAUCACGCCUCUUGUGCAGUAGAAACAAAGCGCAGCCUCCCCAGACUAAUGCUCAAUCUUAAAAGGUUGAGCUUAAUAUGGUGAAAACCAGACUAAUGUGAACCCUGUCAAUGCCUGGAUUGGCAUUGAUGGCAAUUGAUUAGAGUAGUCUAGUCUUCUGUUAUCACCACAUACAAUACAGUGCUCCAUGACGGUCACAGUAUGAUGAGAGAUGAUGAGAGAUACUCUUGGUCUUGGUCAGCUGUAUGAUACACAAUCACAGUUGCAUGACUACACUAUUUAUUGGUCAAUUGAAUGGUUACAGGAUUAAUUGCAAACAGUAGGCUAUUGAUAGCCUGGAAAACCAGCGCCAACUGCUGGACGGCAAAAUGUUUUGCCUGCAUUUGGGUUUGGCCUCGGACCAUUGAACAUUUUGAAAACACUGCCCUGAAUCUGGCAGAUGGCAACUAAACCAAUCACAACGCAGAGAUGUGUUUUGAAUCAACGCGGGCGGGGCAGAGGGCUCUGGGGCGGGGUUUUGAGGGAGCGUUGGCCUAUAGGCACAGACACGGUUUGAAAGACAACGGGUUGUGCUCAUCAACAAUGUUCCGUUGUAUCCAUUCAUCGAGGCCAGACUAAAUUAGACAUCCAAUCCAUUUAGGCUGGUUUAUCAGGCUAGGCUAUUGAAUGAGAAUGUAAACUGGGCCACAGAUGGUAAGCACAAUUAGCCUAAAACUAACUAGCCCCAUAUAACCUAAAACUGCCACAGCCCAUACUGUUUGUUUAUUGGAAUAUAGACAUUAAGAGAAUAAAUCAUUGUGCAAAUACUUUUACUUUAAAUACUAAACGCAUAUUAAAAAGCAGGUACUUUUCACUUUUACUUAAGUAGGGAUGUCAUUGUGGUACUAGAGUACCACAGAGUACAUAUUUUCUAGAGUAAAUAUUUCUCAAGUACUGAGUUACUUCCUCCACUGUCUAUAGGGUGACAUAAAAUUGGUACAACUUGCAAGGAGACUUUGUGCAAAGAUUUUGUGAAAAACGUUUGCACAGUCCUUGGUAUUAUUUUUCGAUGUCCUUUUUUUUUGUUUAUUUUCUGAUUUGGCAGAUUAAGAUAACGUUUCGACCUUGCGGUCAUCCUCAGAUUCACUUGCAAACACAAGCUUGGCACAAACAAAAAUUUGGGUGUACAACCAAUGUUGACCAUUUUGGCUCACUCAGUUGAGUAAUUUUCAUUUUUUCCUAGCUUCAGACAUGAAGGCCUACAGAGGGGAUCAUAAAAGAGAACGUUUGGACUUAACACUUUUAGGUUGGUCACAAUGUGGUAUACUGCAAGAAAAAGGGGAAAAAAUAGUUUACAUUUCAUGCUGUUCUGCCGAAAGGGUAAUGCAAUUGGCAUUUUUAUGGGCACAUUUUUACUUAGGUCAGCUUUAGAGCUGAAUGUAGGGAAUUGUCCCAGGGAUAUCACCGGGGACCCUCCCUAUUCUUAUGGAGUACUGUAGCCCCUAUAUAAGAAGAAACAGCAAAGAAAAACUAAAUGUAACUGGCAAAACCAGGUUCACCAAGAUGCUGGCCUUGGGCUCCAGGACUAACCAGGAUAAACGUUGCUUAUGGUUAUGGUUAUAGAUAGUAUAUUUAACUGAUGAUGAGUUUUCUGCAAUUACAUGUAAAAUACUCUAAAUAGAAUUAAGUGUUUUGUUACAAACUACAUUUCAUUGUUUCCAAUCCUGAGAAAUAAAGAUGACAAAAUACGUUGUUAUAUAUAUAUAUAUAUUGGCAUAUUGGUUGGCAACUGUUGUCCACCUGUAUGCCACAUCGACGAUUCAGGCCUUAUAAAUUGUACAUUUUCUGAAAGCUGACGUUGUGAGAACGUAAUUGUCUCAGUUAAAACACCAUAUGUGUCUAUGGUGUGACACAGUUGACACCAUCUGAUGCCACAGAUAAUAAUUACGUUUUAUUAGCCAAACAAAAUCAACAUCAUGACAGCACCAUUUGAAAUAUGACACUGAUAUAGACCAUAUGAAUGUCUUUCCCUUGAAAUCUGUCAUUUCAUAUCAUCUCAUUCCUUGAGGGUUCUUAAUACUUUGUGCCUUUGUAUUUCAUCAGCUUGACCAAUAGGGAUUAGCUAUUGCUGCCUCACUGUAAUCACUGUGUCAUGAAGAUGACUUAGAUGUGAGGUCACUGUAAUGUUGAUUACAUUUCACCCUUGUAUUGACGGGUAUUCUUUUUUCUUACUUAGGUUAGGCUAUUACUAAUCCUUUCAUAAUAAUCCUAAAUAAUGUUUAAUCCUAUAUUUUUCUAAAAUGGAAUGAUACAAUGUGCUUUUGCCUAUCUAAAUUGCUUUGUCAAUAAUUGUUAAUAAUUGUUAAUAAUUGCCACAAAGUGUUUCAGAGAUUGUGUGAAGUACGUAUAAACCAUUAGAUUGCUUGUUUUCUUCCUUCAAACUACUUUGUUUUGUAGGACUUUUAUUUUGAUAUGUUGCACCAUGGUUAACUUUUAGCUGCAUCUGAUAACCCCAUUUGUAAGAAACUGUGCUGCACCAGAGCCUGAUAUGACUGACGUAGACGGACUCUUGUACAGUACAGUUUCGCUUCUAACUGCCCCUCAAAUACAGUAUGCUGCACAUUUGACAAGCAUAUACAACAGCACCAUCCUCUGGUCAAGAACUGUAUCAAUUGCAGCAAAUCAAUGUUGAGAAAGAAAAUGUAUGAAACAUGACUGAUUUUAAUAAUAACAUGUGAUCUCACAUAGCCCUUUAUUAUUAUGUAGCUUAGAAUAGUGUAGAAUUGAUACUGAAUAAAAUGGCUGAUGCAUACCAUUAAUGGCAUUUCUUAAUCAAUCAU